CUAAGACACUCCAUGAUGCUCCUAAGUGUGAAAGAGACAGAAAAGAUGGACGACAUAGACGCCAUGUUUACUGACCUGCUUGGAGAGAUGAAUACUCUCUCUCAGAGUUUAAUGGCAUCAGCGGACAGAACUGAAGUGGACAGCGCUUUACAGACAGAGCGCACCUUCUCCAUUGGCUUCACAGACCUGAAUGAGUCUCUUAAAGAACUGGAGGACCAUGACCUGGAUGCUCUGAUGGCUGACCUAGCAUCAAGAUCAACCACCUCAGAAUGUAGCCUCCCCACAUAUCAACAGGCCGGCAACUGUGCAGAUAAUGAAAUGGCAGCAUCUGCCCUUCCUCCACCUUCAAACUCUGCUGAAUCCUCUGGAGGGCUGCAAACGAGCGAACCACAGACAAAGUCAGACAAAAUUAAACUGGCACUGGAAAAGCUGAAAGAAGCCAAAGUGAGAAAGUUAAUAGUAAAAGUGCUGAUGAGUGACGGCAGCUCCAAAAUACUGAUGGUGGAUGAGAGACAGACAGUCCGAGAGGUUUUGGACAUGCUGUUUGAGAAGACACACUGCGACUGCAGCAUUGACUGGAGCCUGUGUGAGACCAACCCUGAACUGCAGAUUGAAAGAGGCUUUGAAGACCACGAACACAUAGUGGAGCCCCUGUCUUCGUGGACUCGUCUCAGUGAAAACAAAAUGUACUUUGUCUCAAGACCUCAGAAGUAUGUGAUGUUCACAAACCCUCAAGUAUUUUACAUGUGGAAAAAGAAGAAAGAAUGUUCGAGCAAAAUUAAUGAGCAAGCCAAACAGCUCUUACUUCAGGAGCACUUUGGAGGUUCCACUCUGAUUGUUCCUGAUCUUGAAGGUACCCUGUACCUCAAAGAAGAUGCGAAAAAGGUUUGGAAACCUCGCUACUUUGUGCUCAGGGCCUCAGGCAUCUACUAUGUACCCAAGGGAAAGACAAAGUCUUCAAGCGAUCUUGUCUGCUUUGUCCAUUUUGAAAAAUUCAACAUCUAUAACACCAAGCACUUCAAACUGAAAUACAGAGCUCCCACCGACUUCUGCUUCAUGCUCAAGCAUCCCUGCAUCCAGAAAGAGUCUGACUACAUCAAGUUCCUGUGCUGUGAUGAUGAGCACACACUGCUGCUUUGGGUCAACUCCAUCAGGAUAGCUAAGUAUGGGACCACCCUGUAUAAGAACUACCAGGCUGCGAUGAAGAGAGCUCACCCCUCUGCUUCACACAAAGACAGAUAUAACUCACAGGUCAACACGCAACAGGCUCCACCCCAAACUACAAAUGUUGAAGACUACCCACACGAGGCACCGCCUGACUUCAUCCCUCCUCCACCUCCUGGACACACACAAGUUUAAGGUGUCCUUCAGUUAGCUUGGAUUAAUUGAUUGGAAAACACAAAUCCGGAAAAAUUGUUAACUUGGUGCCAAUAAUAUCACGUUUCUGUAAUGCACAUAGGAGAAACCUUACAUGUCAUAAUGCAAAAGAACAGAUUUAAUUUAAUACCAUAUGUAUGAGGAUAUUUAUUUGUGUAUGGUUUUACAAGUAAUACCUUUUUCGCACAUUUACGACACACUCCAAACCUAAUUUCGUUCAUUGUUUCAAUGAGCUGUUUAUUACAAAAAGACUGUACAUAAAUUGCAAUGAACACAUCCUAUGUACAAACUGAGAAGACAAAUAUUGGAUUCUGUUCCCAUGAACAUUUAAGUUACAGAUUCCCCCCCCACCCUACUUUUCAUCGUUAAGAAAACACACAUCAAAGAAAUGCGCCUUGACCUGUGAUGCCCUGAAAUGCGAAACUUUAAGUGGUAAACAUUACAAAUUUCUGCACGUCAGUGGUUGUCUCAUGAUUUCUCUAUGAAAAAAGUAUAAAUUAAUCCUUUACAUACAAACUGCUAUAUCCAAACCUUCCUCAGCAGACACAAAAACAAGUUGAAUGCAAAGCUAGAAAUACAUUAGGUAGAAAAGUUUUCACAAAAAAUGACCUCAUGAUGGAAUAAAUACAAUCAUAAUGGGAUGUAGUGGCAAAUCAUUCACUGUUACGACGUUCAGAUACUUUCAUGCACAAAGGCCCAAUGAAUACUGAAGUAUUUUGGUUUGUCUGUAUCCAUUUCAAAAUAAAAGUGUGUUCAAUGCCCGUUAUUCUCAUAGUACAUGAUUAUGUUUGUUUAUGUGGCUUGUUACAAACAUGUAUUAAAAAAUAACAAUUAGCUUUGAUGAUAUAUGACGGCGGGUUUUACUUGCAACAACAAUCACUUUGUAAGAGCAGGCAGUUUACUUUGAAAAAGUAGCAGAAACCAGCACAGAAGUCUUCAUAUCGGCACUGUUUGUAAGACCUCUGGAUUGCAAAUCACUGCGUUUAGCAAGUGUCAUUCAUUUGUAGCGCAGACUUGUAUCUGUUUCUGGGUGUACAUUGACAAAAACAAACUUUAGUUUUACAUUACUGCUGGGUUGCCUACAUUCACUAGAGGUGAUUGAAGACGAUUACAAUCAAAUCUGAUGGAUGUUUACCUUUUCCAACGAAGAAAUUACGCUAACAUCACUUGUUAUGUUUACAGUGUGUAGAGAAGUCUCGGUUUGAGGUUGUGUGUGUUGGUGAUAAUGGUGUUUGAGCACCAAUGUAAAGCCCCUCACCAGAAACCACUCAUGUAAAGGUUAGCCGAUACUUCUGUAAGCAACUCUUGCAAUGCCGGAAAUCAUGAAGUCAUUACGGUUAACCUGAUCAGUGCAGCUAUUCAAACGCAAUGGGAAAAAAACUUGAAAACAAACAGUUUAGUCCUUCCUUUGCUUCGUGUUUAGAAGCUCUGCUACAGUAGCUGGACAGCAUCACAGAAUAAGUGACCAAAAGGAUAUAGGUGUGACGGAACAUAGAAAAAUAACUGUUUAUACACGGCCACUUUGCCACGAUAAAGUAAAAAAUGGCACUGUGAGUGAUGAAUAGAAUUUAUAUUCAAGUUAAAUAAAAAAUGUAAAUGGCAUCCAAUCUUGCCAUCACCUGCACGGAUGGAAACAGGUGAAAACACACUAAGUGACAAAUGUACUGUUAUUGGCAGCUUCUCACGUUACAGUUUAUAUACAAGUUAGAGAACAGAAACAAGAAACUGUCUUUUUUUUGUAAUGCAUUCUAUACACUCAGUUUUUAACAGCAUCCCCAUUGACACAGAGCAUAGUAAGUACACAACACAAGGUUGCUUUUGUUCCACCUUAAAAAUCUUGUGAUUCGGACAUCGACGGCAUUGAACAUUCAGUGGUGUCCUAAUGCACUUGUUGAUGUCUGUUUGUCCUUUUUCGGGUGAUUUUUUUAAGGUAAGAUGGAUGUUUUUUUAAGGAAGGGAGGAGUUGGUCUGCUGGUCUACAGUGCAAAUAAAGGGUUAGGAGCAUAUGCGCGGCAUUUUAUCCUAAAAAUGCGAUACUGCCUCAUCUAUUCGUGAAAUCCUCGCAACACUUCACUGUCUGGAUCUACUGCAUACUCUAAAUACUGAAAAUGUUGGCGGCAAAUUAACACUAAAUCUAAAUUAACUUGCCAUUUUUUUUAAAUUAUGUAAUUUCUUUUGAGGCUAAAUGUGACUUCUAAAGGGGACAUAUCAUGAAAAGCUUUAUCAGUGCCAAUCAACGAACUUUCACAUUCAUGCUCAUUAGAAAACACCAACCCCCAUCCACACUGGCUUGAGAACUACCAUUACAAUAUUUUCCCGCAAGCCAAUCAGAGCAGACUGGGCUUUUUCGGGAAGGAAGCUUAAAGAAACAGGCACCAAAACGGGGUGUUCCGGGCAGAUGGUGAAUUCAGGUAUCUUUACACAGGCUGUACGAAGAAAAAAAUGUGUUUCUCGAACAUUAAAGCAUGUAAACAUGUUCUACUAGAAACCCAAAGUGCAUGAAUGAACUUGAAAA